GUUCCAUUUCUCCUGUUGCCUUUGAUAGGAAAUACAAUGUUACAUCUGUUAGAGUUAUGGCCAUCUUUGCUGUGCAAAAUACCCUCAUAGUGGUCCGAGAGAAUUUUCCUGUUACAGAUGUGGCCUACUAGGCCAUACUGGUUUGGCAUGCACGGCAUCUCGUGGAGAGACUAGCUUUACUGGGUCACUUAAUCCCUGUUAUAGGUGUGGUGAAGAGGGUCAUUUUGCACGCGAAUGCACUAAUAUGAGCAGAGCCGAAAAGCGGAAUCAUGAAUCAUCAACCCCCAAGAAGAAAGUCCAGAAGAAAAGAAAAGAGCAAAAAGAGUUCAGGUCUGUACCUCGUGAUUUUGGUAGGGCAUGGAAGAAAGGGAAAAGUGAAGGCGGAUAUACGUCAGGCUAUAAGGCGAAACGAAGGGGUGGUUGGAUCCCGGAUGAUCCUGAAGACUAUCCUCAACCCAAUAGUUGGAGAUCUCCUUCAACUCCUAGAAAUAAUAGAGCUAAGAUUUCUAACUUCAGUACUGGUGGUCACGCUUCUGCUUCUCGUUCAUCUAGAAAGUCCAACAGGCUCGAUUUUGAUAAUUCCGCUUCUUAUGGGUCAGGCAACUAUCAUCACCAUAGGUUUUCAGCAUCUGGUGAUUUUCAUAGUCUUUAUGGAUCGGGCAAAUAUCAUCAUCACCAUAGGUUUUCAGCAUCGCGAUUUGGAAACAGUAGUCACGAUAGGUGGAGGAGAAAUAAUGAUUGGUAGCAGAAACUGUUUCUCAUGUGUAGUAUACUUGGUUGGAAGCUUCUUGGAGAGGUUUGAGAACCCGUUUUCGUUCAUAAUUCAUAUGAGAUUGGUUGCAGGAGCUCAUUUGUGAGAUUCUUCGGGUUGUUUGUCCAAGGGAGCAUGGAACUGACAAUGAUGCUAAAGCUCGAUCUC